AUGGUAUUCCCCACAAACUGUGUGAUGUGUAUGUGGCCCAUGCGCUAUCCGUGUGUCACCCUAUGUUUGUGUUUGUGGGUGUUUGUGACCUCACUGGACUCGGAGGGGAGGUGUCCCCAUCCCUGUCGAUGUGAGGGGACACUUCGCUACUGUGACAAGGCGGGACUCAUUACCGUUCCGCAGGAUCUCAUUGGCUCGUCGGGCCUGUCGCUGCGUGACAACCGCCUGCUGUGCCUGCCCCAGGGUGCUCUGUCCCGGUUCAACACGCUGCAGUGGCUCUUCCUGGGACACAAUCAGAUCCAGCGCCUGGACGAGCGGGCUUUCCUGGGGCUGCGCAGGCUCAAGGAGCUGGAACUGAGUGCCAAUCAGCUUUGGCUGCUGCCAAACAGGACUUUCUGGCCCCUCCCAAAUCUACGCCUCCUCGACCUGUCAACCAAUCAGGUGUCAGCGCUGAGCUCCAGCCAGUUCCGUGGCCUAAGGAAGUUGAUGGUGUUGCGUUUGCGAAGGAACUUGCUUGUGUCUGUGCCUGUUCGUGUUUUCCAGGACCUCCGCAAGCUUCGGGUUCUGGACCUCGGAGAGAAUCAACUGCAAACACUGGCAAGGAAUGCUUUUGUGGGGCUGCUUAGCCUGACGGAACUGAGGCUGGACCAGAACCGGCUCAACCGGGUCAACUUGGGCCUGUUUGCACGCCUCACCUCACUGCGCUCACUCGACCUGAGCCAGAACAAGGCUGCAUGGCUGGGAAGAACCCUACACUGGAACUGGCCCACGCUUGAGCAUCUGGACCUUUCUCGAAACCGUCUGGAGUGGGUGGAACCUACUGCAUUCUACGGGGUUCCGCGCCUAAAGAGCCUCCUGCUGAAUUCCAACCGCUUACAGGUUCUGGAACGCAAUAUCCUGCAGAACUGGGUCUCACUGGAGAACCUCACACUAUCAGGAAACCCAUGGGACUGUGGACGAAACAUAUGUGCCCUGGCGACCUGGCUUGGCCGUUACCGUGGACGACGAGACAAUGCUCUAUGCUCAUUGCCAGAGGAAGCUGAGGGUGAGAACAUUCUAGAUGCAGUGUAUGCAUUCCAAACCUGUCAGUCUCAUGUUUUUGGCUUUAACACAGAGACAAACAUUACUGUUGAAAUAAACACCAACACAGAAACGGACAACACUGUUGGAACAGACACAGACACAGUGGUCAUAGCAACAGUGACUGAAUGGUACAUUGUCACUGAGACAAUGGAACAUGUUCUCAAGGAGGAAAACAAGGAAGAGGAGGAGGAGGAGGAACAAUACAGUGCAGCAGAACCUUUCACAUUAUCCUUGUUUUAA